AUGACAGGAAAGACCAUCUCUGAGUCCCGCAUCUGUGGUCCAGAGGAGUCAGCAUCUGAGCCUGCCAAAGUGCCCACCCCAGAGUCCUCUGGAGAGGUGACAACACCAGAGUCCUCUGAGGGGGAGCAGGUUCCCCCACCACGGGAGCCUGUACCUGAGGCCCCUGCCCCAGCAGCCCCCACACCUACUAAGACUACACCCCCAAGCGAAGAUGUGCCCAGUGCCCCAUUGCUGCUGACCGUGGAGGAUGUGAGCAGCAGUUCAGUGACUGUGAGCUGGGAGCCCCCGGAGAGGCUCGGGAGGCUGGGGCUUCAGGGCUACAUGUUGGAACGCCGCCAAGAUGGAGCCUCAGAGUGGGUGCCUGUGAACGCCCGGCCCAUGAUGGUGAACCAGCAGACCAUACGGAACCUGGCUCUGGGAGACAAGUUCUUCCUGCGUUUGACUGCAGUGAGCUCCGCAGGGGCCAGCCCGCCAGCUGUGUUGGACCAGCCUAUCCACAUCCGAGAGAUCAUCGAGGCCCCCAAGAUCCGAGUUCCCCGACACCUUCGUCAGACCUACAUCCGUCAGGUGGGAGAGUCUGUAAACCUACAAAUCCCCUUCCAGGGAAAACCCAGGCCUCAGGCCUCAUGGACCCACAACAGCCAGCCUCUGGACAGCCAGCAGACCAGUGUGCGAACUGGGGACCACGACUCCAUCCUCUUCAUCCGCAAGGCCCAACGCUCAGACUCAGGCCGCUACGAGCUCACCUUGAAGCUGGAAGGCCUGGAAGCCAAGACAGCCAUUGACAUCCUAGUGAUCGAGAAACCUGGGCCACCCAGCAGCAUUAGACUACUGGAUGUCUGGGGCUGCAACGCUGCCCUUGAGUGGACGCCACCCCAGGACACGGGCAACACAGAGCUACUGGGCUACACCGUGCAGAAAGCAGACAAAAAGACAGGGCAAUGGUUCACAGUGCUGGAACGUUAUCACCCCACUACCUGCACCAUCUCCAACCUCAUUGUCGGCAACGCUUACUCCUUCCGGGUCUUCUCAGAAAACCAGUGUGGACUCAGCGCCUCCGCCGCUGUCACCAAGGAGUUCGCCCACAUCCAGAAGGCAGAUACUGGAGCCAAAUCUAAAGAAUUUACUGAGCGAGACUUUUCAGAAGCUCCUUCGUUCACCCAGCCCCUGGCAGACCACACCUCCACCCCUGGCUACAGCACUCAGCUGUUCUGCAGUGUCCGAGCAUCUCCCAAGCCUAAGAUCAUCUGGAUGAAAAACAAGAUGGACAUCCAGGGAGACCCCAAAUACCGUGCCCUCUCAGAUCAAGGCAUCUGCACUCUGGAGAUUCGCAAGCCCAGCCCCUUCGAUUCCGGCGUCUACACCUGCAAGGCUAUCAAUGGGCUAGGGGAGGCAUCUGUGGACUGCAAGCUGGAGGUCAAAGGCUGGAGCCAGAACCCAGGGGUGGGCCUGGAACGUGACCCUACAGAGGGCUGCGUGCUGCACCCUCACCCCACAGCCCAACUGGGGAAGGCGCAGGGAGACAAGUGGGAGAAUAGUUGA